AUGACUUUAGCUGGCACCAUUGCAGUAAACAGGCUAGCAACAUAUGGGUCUGGGUUGCUUCAGGAAGCCAGUAGUAGCUGUGCUCUCUGUGCCUUUGAUACCUGCCAGAAACGCCUGAUCCUGAUGAGGAGGAGGAGAAAGAAGAAGACUGAGGCAGACGUAUUCUACAAGAUCCUGCCAGACAGUGCUGCAUCGGACCAUGAACAAAGGGCUCGGAGAGCCUGUACGACCAACAGCAUGGAGAAAGACACAGGGGACAGGAAAAAGGCCCAGGAGUCCAAGCAGGAUAAGGAGUGGGAAAUGCAAUUCUUCUGGGUGAUUUCCACUGACUCCUUUGCGGAGCAGUUGGUGGUGUUCAGGGUUCGCUACUUGAAUGCACCCCAGAGGAGUUUUGGGAUCGAUUAUGACAAGAACUACUUCCUCAAGGAUGGGAAACCAUUUCGCUACAUCUCGGGCAGCAUUCAUUACUCCCGUGUGCCCCGGUACUAUUGGAAAGACCGUCUGUUGAAGAUGAAGAUGGCGGGGCUUGAUGCUAUUCAAACGUACGUGCCAUGGAACUACCAUGAAUUCAAACCAGGAGUAUAUAACUUCUCUGGUGACCGAGAUAUAGAAUAUUUCCUGCAGCUAGCUAAUGAAAUUGGCUUGUUGGUAAUACUAAGAGCUGGACCUUAUAUCUGCGCAGAAUGGGACAUGGGGGGUCUUCCAGCAUGGUUAUUAGAGAAAGAAUCUAUUGUUCUCCGAUCUUCUGAUUUAGAUUACUUGGCAGCUGUAGAAAGGUGGAUGGGUGUCUUGUUACCCAAAAUGAAGCCUCAUCUCUAUCAGAAUGGAGGGCCAGUUAUUAUGGUGCAGGUUGAAAAUGAAUAUGGAAGCUACUUUGCCUGUGAUUACGAUUACCUUCGUUACCUUCAGAAGCUCUUCCAUCACCAUCUUGGAGAUGAGGUGGUACUGUUUACAACAGAUGGGGCAAGCAAACAUUACUUGAGAUGUGGAGCUCUGCAGGGUCUUUAUGCAACGGUGGACUUUGCACCAGGUGGUAAUGUCACAGCAGCAUUUUUAACUCAAAGAGGCAGUGAACCCAGAGGCCCCUUGGUAAACUCUGAGUUCUACACUGGCUGGCUGGAUCACUGGGGUCACCCUCAUUCUGUUGUGCCAACAAAUAGGAUAGCUAAAACUCUUGAUGAAAUCCUGGCACGUGGCGCUAACGUUAACAUGUACAUGUUUAUAGGUGGAACCAAUUUUGCCUAUUGGAAUGGGGCAAACAUGCCAUAUUCAUCACAGCCUACUAGUUAUGACUAUGACGCUCCACUGAGUGAAGCAGGGGACCUCACUGACAAAUAUUUUGCUCUGAGAGAAGUCAUUGGUAGGUAUAAUCACUUACCUGAGGGCCCUAUCCCGCCAACAACACCCAAAUAUGCAUAUGGGCGAGUGACAAUGGAGAAGCUAGGCACAGUAGCAGAGCUUCUUAAUGACCUGUCACCCUCUGGGCCAAUAAGAAGCACUUACCCCUUAACCUUUGUUCAGCUGCAGCAGUAUUUUGGGUUUGUGCUGUACAGGACUACCCUGCCAAAAAAUUGUAGUGAGCCAACACCACUCUUUUCGCCUUUAAACGGAGUCCACGACCGUGCCUAUGUCUCUGUAGAUGGGGUUCCUCAGGGAGUCCUUGAAAGAGGCAAAUCAUACACGAUAAAUAUAACCGGGAAGGCUGGAUCAAAUCUGGAUGUGUUGGUAGAAAACAUGGGUCGAGUAAACUAUGGUAGAUACAACAAUGACUUUAAGGGUCUAGUGUCAAAUUUAUCUCUUGGCCAAGUUACACUCAUUGACUGGGAGAUCUACCCCCUAGACAUAGACAGUGUGGUGGGCCAUGGCCUAAAUAGCAGAGGUGAUGAAUCAAAAACAUCUGGUGGUAAUCCCUCAAGAGAUGCAGCUCCUGCUUUUUACACUGGCAGAUUUUCUAUUCCCAGUGGAAUCCCCGAUUUACCCCAAGACACCUAUAUCAAGUUUCCUGGCUGGACAAAGGGACAAAUUUGGAUCAAUGGCUUUAACCUCGGUCGUUACUGGCCAGUUCGUGGUCCUCAAGUGACCCUAUUUGUUCCAAGCAACAUCCUCGUUUCGUCGUCACCGAACAAUAUCACAGUGUUGGAGCUGGAGCAGUCUCCUUGUGGCAUUCAGAAAUGUGCCAUAGAAUUUGUAGACAAACCUGAUAUCAAUGCAACACUGCAGUAUGAAAACAACACCCGGAAGCUGUUCACUAAAGAUUUAUGGCUGGACCCUCUAUGAUUAUUUAGGAAUGUGUCCCCUUACCUUCUCCUGUUUUUCUACCCCACACCCUCAAAUCCUACAUUCUUCGCAGGGAAAAUCAGUGUUAAAAAUCGAUUAGUAUGUUUAACUGUGGAAAUUUUUUCAAAGCACUGAAAGCAUAGCUGUUUACUAACAAGAGAUACUAAAUACAGGGUCUCCUUUAAAAGUGAAGAUUCUAGCCUUAGAGUAAGUUGU